GCUCAAUCUUGCCCGCAUUAGUUCUAAUAAUCAGAGGUUAUAAGCAUGAAGGCAGUUCGGUUUCUAAUUUUGUUAGCGAUAAUCGCCUUAAUCUGCACCGGUUCAGCUAACGCCGGUCAACUGCUUAACAAGCUGAUCACGGUGUGCACCCAGGAUCAGAAUCCUCCGGCAGACCUGGUGCAACGCUACAGGAAUGGCGAGUUCCCGAACGACCGCAACACCCACUGCAUGAUGCGUUGUAUAGCCCUUAAUCUGGGAGUUUACGAUGACCUGAACGGAAUCCACAUGCACGACACGUGGCAGAUGUUCCGCGGAGGGCGUCCAGCGUCCCAGGAAAAGGCCUUCGCCGAACAGCACCGCCAGUGCAUUACACAGCAAAUGAAGGACGUCCCGUCCGACGACUAUUGCGGACGGGUCUACGCCGUCUACCAGUGCUACAAGGAUGAGUACGAAGCCCUGUUGCGAAACGUCCGGCAGGGUGCUGCCAAGGCCCGAAACUAGGUCUCAAGAUUUCCAUCGAUAAAUUAACGCUCAAUGGGGCACGGAAGAAACGAGCAUGAAAUCACUUUCGUUCGAAACCUCCCCGCCCGGUUGCAAGGAAAA